AUUGCCAAUAUCCAAAUGCCGCACGGUCACACAGUCGUGUUUCUGUGAAAUAAACCUAAAUUACAAACUAUAAUAAAAUAUACAAAAAUGCAGCGUGAUGAAAAGCUGUUUGAGAUGACGCUGGACACCGUCCUCCAGCGCUUAAACGACCUCAAGCUGGCGGUGCUCUCCAUGAUCCAAAAACUGGAGAUGGAGUACGAGACCAUCAACUGGCCAACGUUCCUGGACAACUUUGCAAUUAUUUCUAGUCACCUCACGGGACUGACCAAAAUUCUGGCGAAGGAGCAGUGUCCGCCGCUGCGGAAUCGCACCGUCCUGCCUUUGCUGGUCUCCAUGGAUCGGGACGACACGCUCAUCAAUAUCACCGAGGGUCGGGUGCCGGUCUUCUCGCACGACAUUGUCCCGGACUAUCUACGCACCCGGCCGGAUCCGAUCACCGAGCAGAAGAUGCAGCAGAACGAGCAGAAGGCGGCCAAUCUCACUAACGAUGCGGCCAUGAAGCAGGUCACGCAGUACAACAAGGUCGUCUCGCACGUCCUGGACAUGGUGAGCAAGGCGCGCGAAGAGUGGGAGAUCGAAAGCUCCUCGCGCACUGGAAUACAACAGACAAGCAGCAUGGCGGACACACAGCUACUUGUCGCCGCCGUUGGCAUGGGCAAGGGUCUCAAACUGACCAAUUAUGGACCUGGUCCCGGUAUGAUGGUCCCGCCCUCGAUCCGUGCACCCUCGCCCAUGGGCGGACCCGCAAUGAGUCCGGGCAAUGUGCAGCAGCAGCUGGGCAAGGCCCCGUCGGCGGUGAAGACCAACAUAAAAGCGGGAAAUCAGGUACACCCGUUCUCUCGAUAGCAAAAUCCUUAGUUUAUUGUUUUCCAUCUGGCGGAAUGUAUCUUCAUAAUAAAUUAUAUGUACUUAGGCUAAGACUAUGAUUAAGCAAACAAAAACAUGAACAGCUUCUGAAGAAUCCAA